CUCUCUCGUUGGAAGAGGUUCACGCUCGCGAGGUCGACACACUGCUUUGCUGCGUCUCUUUCGUUCCAUGUGAAUCAGCUCGCUAGCUGGUUGGGCUGGAUUGGGCUGUGCUGGAGAAUACUCUAUACAGUGAAGAGGCAUCGGUACCUGGUCCAAGAUGAUUUCCACGUCCGAAGGGUCAUCACUCCCAACGCGCGCUGCCUUGUCCACUUCUGUCUCUAUAUCUUCCUCCUCCUCUCCUCCUCACUCCAAACUUCUCUUCGGCCUCACGAUCAAUGCAAGAUUGCACUGGUCGCCACGGAUGCCAUCAAGCUUUGUAGGUAUCGCACCCAAGGUGCCAUCAUCUCCUCGAAGAUGGGCAAGCCGUAAUGGAGCAGUUCGCUUUCGAUAUAUAGCUUCAUUCCAUUUCGAAAGAAAAAUUUCCAGGCUAGGGUAUAUACUGAUCGGAGUGAGUGAUGGGCCCGUCCAUGAUAUUCGUCGUCGUCGGAAAUAGGUAUAUAGGCACGGGGAAGAAGACCAGAUUCUGGUGUGGCUCUCUGCGGGCAAACGUCUGUUGGCAAUCCGUCAAGGAACGAACGUGAACGCCUCUAUAGAUCUUGCCCCGAAUUUCGAAUCAGAUGUCGGCGAAACGAAAAAGAAUUUCCACGGGUGCAGCAGUUGUUAGGUUCAAGCUGGGAACACUCUUUAUACAGACCUUCGCUCCAUUCCGGAAAAAAGGGUCCGGGCUCAAC